AUGGCUGCUACAACGCCGCCGCCUAUUCCGUCGGAGCUCGUUGUACUCAAGCUUCCAUAUCCACUGGUCUUGCAUCCAGGGCUUUUGUUGUCCGUCACAUUACCGCAAAAGCAAUGCUUUGGGAUCUUGCGCACGGCCCUUGCAGAGCGUCGUGCAGCAGAGCAAUCGAACGCGUCUUCAGACGAGUCGCUGGAACAUGGCAGACAAAAUAAUGUAUCGGAUCAACAUCCUAUGAUAAUUGCUUGCGUGCCUGUAUUGAACCCGGCGGGCUACGUUACCGAAAGGCACCGGAGUAGAUCGCUGGAGGACUCCUCAGAUUGGGGCUGUGCUGCGCGAAUUCUGCGCCUAGUUCACAGUCCCACGACUAAUGAGUGCCGUUUGAUUCUUUCGGGCCUAGUGCGAAUUCGUGUUGCUAAAGCGCGCGUCUCCCGCGUGCAACCAGACACAUUCGAGCCAGCAACGAUAGUUUCAGCACGCCCUUUCUUUGAUCCUGACGUUCCGUUGGUGUCACAGGAACUGUCGCCAGAAGACUCGCGUAUGCGACACGCUGCUCAGCGUCUUGUUGCACUGAUGGGUGCGACCAACUCGCCUCUACUUACGAGUUCAGCUCUUGCGAAUGUGCCUCUUUUACCGCCAUCGCUCUUACAAGCCAUUGCGUCAACAAUAGAGUCGAAUCAUUCAGUAUCGAGUCCAAAACUCUCAGAUUUGUUGGUCGGUACACUAGGCGGUGCGUGUGAAUGGGAAGAUCGUCUUCAGCAUUUGGCACUUCCAGAGGCAAAUCGACGCAUUGAAUUUACGGCUACCAUGUUAGAGAAAGCAGUGGAACGUGUCCAGAUUCUGCGUGAGGUACUUGUAAAUACUCCCUACGCGCUGCAGGAUCAGUACUAUGGUGCUUUAGUCCGCUCACAGAUUGAAGCUAUCGUCAAGCAAGUCACGAGUAUGACGUCGACAGGCCUCACACUGCGUGUGAUGGAUAAUGGCAAAGAGGCGUCUUCAUCUGCAGCUACAACUCGUCGAGAGAAUUCGAGUCCAGGGCCACGUAUAAUUCGCCGUGUUAUAGGCCUAGGGCCAAGGCGUCGGGGCAUUGACGGUCCUGGCCGUAGUGAUGACGAUGAUGAUGCUGACGACGAUGCUGACGAUUAUACGCAUACAUCUCCUGGUGGCGAUGCAGCUAGUGAUGAGGUGAAAGAGUUGUCAGAACGAUGUGCGAAGGCUCAACUGACGCCUGAAGCUAGGCGAAUGUGUGAACAAGAGCUUCGUCGACUCAGACGGAUGCCAGCUCAGAGCAUGGAGCGAGGUGUGCUGAUCAACUAUUUGGACACGAUGCUAGACCUGCCGUGGGAUCGCAUCACUUCAGACCUCCGUCCUGAGGACAUCAAAGCGUUGGUGCCUGUAUCACAAGUGCCGUUGAAUGGCGAUGAACCCCUUAUUGAGCGUGCUCGCCAAGUGCUUGAAUCAGACCACUUUGGUCUUGAAAAAAUCAAGAAGCGUAUGCUUGAAUACUUGGCUGUGCUGCAGCUGAAGACCGAGCAAGGUGCAGAGAAGCAAAGCUCUCGAACAUACAAGGGCCCAAUUCUUUUGCUCGUCGGCCCGCCCGGCACAGGAAAGACAUCCAUUGCAAGGUCUCUGGCAGCAGCACUUCAGCGACCGUUCGUACGCCUAUCACUUGGCGGAGUUCGCGAUGAGGCUGAAAUUCGCGGACAUCGACGGACGUAUGUGGGAGCACUCCCUGGUUCUAUUGUGGCGUCGUUGCGGAAAGCUCGUGCAUCAGACUGUGUGAUGCUUCUUGACGAGCUCGACAAGCUUAGUAAUGGUAUGGGCUUCCAUGGCGAUCCAACCGCUGCCAUGCUCGAGGUGCUUGACCUUGAGCAAAAUCACACCUUCAAGGACCACUACCUGAACGUGCCUGUCAAUUUGAGUCGCGUCAUUUUCAUCGCAACAGCCAAUUCUCUCGAUACCAUUCCGGAGCCACUUCUGGAUCGUGUGGAUACAGUUCAUGUUGCCGGCUAUACAUACGACGAAAAAGUUGCGAUUGCUCAGCGACAUCUACUGCCAAAACAAGUUGCUGUACACGGCCUGACUCUGUCGAACGUCGCCAUGUCGCACGAGAUUCUUAUGACGAUUGCACAAUCGUAUACUCGUGAGGCUGGCGUGCGAACAAUGGAACGGCGUAUAGGUGAUGUUGUACGUGCCAAGGCCGUCGAGUACGCCGAGUCUCGAGGAGGCUCAGCAACGUACACACCGGAGAUAUCGCAAGCGGAUCUUUUGCGCAUUCUUGGUGCGCCUUCAUACGAGCCAGAAGUGGCAGAUGAAGUAGGUGUGCCUGGCGUUGCGACAGGUAUGGCCUAUCAGGGCUCAGGGAUGGGCGGUAUUCUACAUAUUGAGUGUGCAUUUCUCCCGCCAGGAACAUCUGCGUUAAAGCUUACUGGCUCGUUAGGUGAUGUUAUAAGAGAGUCCGCAGAACUCGCAUUUGCAUGGGUCAAAACGCAUGCAUUUGCACUUGGGAUCUGUGCAGACCGCGAUGCUGAAUUUCCUCGGAAUGACGUGCAUUUACACAUGCCUUCUGGUGCAACGCCAAAAGAUGGUCCCAGUGCAGGCGUCGCCUUCGUGUGCGCGCUGGUGUCUAUGUAUUUGCGGGUGCCUCUUGAUACUCGUCUUUCAAUGACGGGUGAAAUUACGCUGCGUGGUCAUGUCACACCCGUUGGGGGGAUCAAGGAAAAAGUGCUUGGCGCACAUCGUGCGGGGAUUCGCAAGAUGAUUCUUCCUAGGCGCAAUGCACGUGAGUAUGAAGACGACGUACCUGCGUCUGUUAAAAGCGACAUCCACGUUGUAUACGUUCGUACGAUCCAAGAUGUGUUGUACGCCGUGUUUGGAGCGAGUCUCGAAACACAAAUCAGCACCUUGCACGGCGGCCUCGAAGGGCGCCGUCGUUUGCAAGAACUUGAUUGGCACAGUCGCUUGUAG